AUGUCUCUUACGCGGAACCCUAGAUUUAUCGCUAUUCUCAAAUGGGUAUCACAAGUUUCUAUACAAACUCAGUCGGGAACUGGGUUUCAUCGUCGUCUGACCUUAAAGUCGAGGUCUUUCGCCACCGCCGUUGCCGGCGGCGAGAAAUCGAGUGCUGUAACCCGAAUUGAGAAUCGGAGAAGCGCUCAGGUCGCGAUGUUGGAUUACUUCUACAUCACCAGAGGAUUGCAGUUUCUGGUCGCAGAGAGUAUGAGCAAAAACGCGCCGCUUUUCAAUAACAAACUUAUAGAGAAGUUGAAUUGCGACGCUGAUGCUGAUAUCGCUCGAUCGAUCACCAGGUUUCUACGGUAUCACCCAAUAAACGAAUUUGAGCCCUUCUUCGAGAGUUUAGGCUUGAAGCCAUCAGAGUACAGUCAUCUGCUUCCUCGUGAUAAGAUGUUCUUGAACGAAGACGCGUUUUUGCUAGAGAAUUACAAUACUUUCUGGGUAUAUGGGAUUGGUCUAAAGCAGAUUGGGAAGAUCUUCAAGGAAGCUAGGGAGGUUUUCGGGUAUGAAACCGGGGUUUUAGCUUCAAAGAUUCAGGCUUUUGAGGAUUUGGGAUUGACGAAAACGUUUGUGUCGAGAAUUAUCGUUUGUAGCCCGAGGAUCCUGAUUGGGGAUAUGAAUGUUGAAGUAGCUAAGGUUUUAGAGAUUCUGAAAUCGUUAGGGAUUGGGGUUGGUUGGGUAAAUGAGAACUUGUUAGAAGAGGAAUGUUAUGAUUGGAGCUCUAUGCAUAGGGUUCUAAGCUUGCUUAGAGAUAUAUGUUUAGAUGAGAGUGAGCUAUGUUGUGAGUUGAUCAAGAAGCAUCCAAGACUUGUUUUUGAGGAUUCAGGGGAGUGGACUCUGUUUCUAGCUGGGUUUCAAGCAAAGCUUGGGUCGUCUAGGAGUGAAGUCUGUUUGUUUUUUCAGAAAUUCCCGGAAGUUGAGGUGAAGAAAUGUGUUUUGAAUCUAAGGCGUUGCUUCUUGUUCCUGAACGAGAUCAAGAUGGAGUAUGAUGAGAUUGGUAAGAUCUUCCGUUCUCACUCCCACUGGAUUGGUGCAUGUCCUUUGAAGCAAACCAGUACCUUACUUUCUAAACUGAGUGUUGGGACUAGGCGUCUUUGUCAAAUCAUCCAAGAAAACCCAGAGGAGAUGAGAAAAUGGACUAUGGGUUUAAGGGUCCAGCCGCUACCUAGUACUGGGGAACAAGAAACGUCGAGAUUUAUGAAGAAACGGUUCUUGUUGAGCCUCGGAUAUGAGGAGGACUCAAAGGAGAUGGAGAGAGCGGUCAAGAAGUUCCGUGGGAGAGGAUCAGAACUCCAAGAAAGAUUCGAUUUCCUUGUGAGUUUGGGUCUAAACGAGAAGGAUGUCAGAAAUAUGGUGAAUGCAUUCCCUCAGAUCCUUUCUCAAGCGUCUGAUCUCAUAGAAGCAAAGGUUAACUAUGUUGUCAAGGAACUAGGGUAUCCACUUUCGACCUUUGUGGCGUUCCCUUCUUGUUUAGUGUUUACUCUCCAGCGGAUGAAGCUCAGGUUAGGGAUGGUUCCGUAUCUGAAAGGCAAAGUAAAGGCAAUCAGCAGUGUGCUUGUGUGCUCGGACCAACAUUUUGUGACUCACUAUGUAAACCGCCACCCUGACGGGCCUAAACAUUGGGAGGAUUUGAAGAAACAGCUGCUUUGUGAGUAG